AUGGCCAUGGCACCGAAGGGAGCAGUGUUCCCUGAGGGAUGCACGCUGCCGGGAUUCGGUGCAAUCGGCAGGGAUGACAGAUUGGAGAAGGAGGACAGGGACUCCUCUGUGGGAGUGUUGGGCUGGGCUGGGACAGAACAAAGGUCUGGGGAGGGCAGAGCACUGGCGGCAGCUGGAGGCACUGGGGCCAGACAGGUCACCUUCUAUGAAGACAAGAACUUCCUGGGCCGCUACUACGAGUGCGACAGCGACUGCCCCGAUUUCCACACCUACCUGAGCCGCUGCAACUCCAUCCGUGUGGAUGGGGGCACCUGGGUGGCCUACGAGAGGCCCAACUAUGCUGGGAACAUGUAUGUGCUGACCCACGGGGAGUAUCCUGACUACCACCACUGGAUGGGCCUCAACGACCGCCUGGGCUCCUGCAAGUACAUCCAGAUCCCAAGCGGAGGCCGAGGCCACAUCCAGGUGUUCGAGAAGGGAGAUUUUGGCGGGCAGAUGUUCGAAGCCACCGAAGACUGCCCCUCCAUCAUGGAGGAGUGGCACAUGCGUGAGGUGCACGCCUGCAGGGUGCUGGAGGGCGUCUGGGUGUUCUACGAGCACCCCAACUACCGGGGCCGGCAGUACGUGCUGCCCAAGGGGGAGUACCGCAAGCCCGUGGAGUGGGGCGCGGCCAGCCCCGCCGUCCAGUCCUUCCGCAGCAUCUCCGAGUGACCAGCCCCGUGACAGGGCUGCCACGGCCCCCCCCAA